UUGAGAGUUUCCAACUUAAAUACUGUCCUUCUUCCUAUACCUUCAACGAAACGAAGUUUUAUAAUUCAUCUCUCUUCAGUUUCAGACUCUCUAUUCUCCACUUCGGGUUACACCUUCGGGGCCCCGACGCCUCCUCCCGGCUCGCCGUACUCCCCGAUCCCCGUCGCGCAGCUGGAGCUCCUCGCCAAGGGGUUCAACUCGAACAUUAUAAUCCAGCAGCCGGGAGACUACCCGCAGAGUCCGAAGAAAAUCCAGGAGAAGCACUGCGAGGAGAAGUGCUGCAGCUCGAGGCCGCAGAAAACAUGCAACUGUCAGGUAACAAUAUCCCAGUCGGAAUCGCUAUCGCCAGGCAAAGGGUGCAACAUGAACUCAUCGCCUCUCCGUCACUUCCACCCGCCGGCCUUCUUACCACCGUGAAUGCCGGAGGACAAAUCAAAGAACUUGCAAGGAUAUCGGAAAUCGAUCCUUCGGGGGUCAGCGGUAGCAUGGCUGCAAGUUCGACGAUGGGCGGCCAAGGAGGCGGAGCUCUAACUUUGUGCUCGGAUGAUCGGAACGCUGGGUUGGCCGCCUGGCAGAUGGGUGGAGCGCAUAGCCAAGCCUUAGCCACUCCCACUCUUUGGCAGUACCCUGCGCCUCUUCCGGUGGAGCCGAUGGUUCCACUUCCAGUACCAUUACCUCCUGUGGGGUUCCAACUAGUUCGCGAUCACUCAACAGGGGGUCUACUCCUCAUACCUUCAACCGGAUUAGAAUCACUCCAACAAGCUGUCGUUUGGCCAAGUUACCAACAACCGUCACCCGUCUUAUUACCGUCAUUAUCGCAAUUACCCCCUCCUCCCCUUCAGUUAUUAUCUUCAGCGUCAUCUGACUAUCUGUCAAGCAGUACGACCUUACAUCAACAUACACAAACGCACAGUACUAGAUUGGUCGCGGUUACGACAGAUACGAAGAGGAAGAUGCCCAUGCCCAUUCCAGCGACUACUUUGAUAAAAAUUGAAACCGACGCCACCUUGGAUCAAACGAAAACAAUGCAGGCGGUUAGCACAGUCGCAAACAAUACAGGAACCGUUUUCGCCGACCAGAAUAUGACGCCGUUGGUGACCACCCACUUGAUAUACCAACAUCCGCCGAAUUUAAUUUUAUCACAGACUCCUACAGGAGAAGCUACUUCGUCGAGGUCACAAGCUACCUCGCCGGUGACUUGUCUCACUCCUCCUCCAGAGGCUCAUAUUCAAGAAGAGGAACCCUCCACUGUGCAAGACGCAAGCAAUCAAACUGAUACUCCGAUAUGUAGCGAAGAUGACAACACCACGCAUACACUUGCAGACGUCGCGGAAGAGUCUGGUAUUAGGAACGACGAGAUGGAUAAACCGCAGGCGGAUAAUAUCGUCGAAUAUUGUGAUACAGCAGAGAUUUUACCAGAGGCAGUUGAAGAACCUCUAAAAACUGUUGAAAAAGAGGCAGUUGUGGAAGAAGAAGCACCACAGGAAAUGCUCGAUCAAGUUCAGCCUGAAGUUGUUACAAUGGAAGAAGAGAAAGGUGUACCUCCAGAACCUGAUCUUAGCGGUUUAGAGCUUCUCUCUAAUAGUAUAGUGGAGUUUGAAUCGUGCAGAAACAGUAUCGAAGCUCCAGAACCAGAAGAGACGUCACUCUUGAUGGAAAAUAAUGUACCAAAUGCCGCAAAAGGUGUCGCUGAAGACAGUGUACUGCUACUAAAUCCUCCAAAAGAUGAUAGUCUAGGAGGUUUAGAUUUACUUUGUGCGUUAGCAGAGCAACGGAUAAUGGAAGAGUGCGAAAAGCCCAAAACGGACAAAGAAAGAUCAAAGGACCGUAAAAGAGAAAAAAGGAAAUCGAAGAAACAUUCCUCAGACGAACCCAAACGCAAGAAAAUGAAAAGUGAUAAGCACCGUUCCGAAGACAAAGAACAUAGGAAGCGAAAGGAUCGGCACUCCAGCGAUUCGGAUAAAGAAAAAAGGGUGUGCCAGUGCCAAACCGAAAACUACAGGACGUACAAAACACCCGAAUCCGAGGAGGAAGUCAAGAAAUUUAUAGCGAGCAAAACCCAACGGAUUUGCUGCAAAGGCGAUUGGCCGUGCAUGAACGCCUUGGAGUUGGACAUGAGAAUGAAGUUGGCUGAACUCCAGAGACAAUAUCGAGAAAAGCAAAAGGAAUUGAGCAAGUUGAAACCAAAAAGGCAUUCGUCAGACUGUUCGAAGAAACGCUCUAGGAAAAAAUCCACGCAUUCAUCCCAUUCUGACAGAAGCUCGACGCCUCCUCCUCUAUUGGAUAAAAUGGACGUACCUGUGAAACCAAAUGGGGAUAUCUCUGAACUUCUGAAACCUCCAACUUUAUGCGCGAUGCCGAAAAUCGAAGAGAUCUGCAAGAUGAGUCAUUCAGAUUCGGAUGUAUCUCCAGAGAAACACUCCUCGUCCAAGAAAAGAAAAGUGGGAAGGCCGAAGAAACUCUUGGCUUCUUCCGGAGAGCAUGUUGCCACUGAAACAAUAGUGGCCAAGAAACCCAAGAGUAGUUUCGUGGGUUAUCUACUAGCAGCUAAGGAGAAGUUGAAAUUACAAAACAAAACUUUUCCCGAUGCAACUCCUCCGAGAUAUGUUGAGGAAACUAUCAGGAUCAAACACAAGAAGAAUAAAAACAACAACCACAUUAUUGCCAGUGAUAUGAAAUCCUCCAAGAUGAGGCCCAAACUGAAAGCGGAGGCCACUUUAAAAUCUUAUGCUGACGAUGAACAUGUUGAAUGGGAAACUCUAGCCGAAGAUGACGAGGAAGAGAAUUGCGAGAAUCCAGUCGAAGAAACUAUAGAACAAGAAGCUCAAGUUACCGAGUGCAUGCUAAAUUCUAAUGAAAAUGAAGAGAUUCUUCCAGAAGAUAUCAAAAUCGUUAACUCUAAAGUACCGACCACUGAUGAAGUUGUGGAAGAAGUAAAACCAGAAGACACCCGAUGCACGCUGACAGCUGAGCUGUUGGAGAUCGAUAAACUGAGAGUACUUACUGCUAUGGGGGGAUUGUUCUAUGCCGGACAGUUGAAUGCUUUGGAGCCACCAGAUAUCUACAGUAUUAUCCUAGAUGGAGAAAGAGGAAACCGACCACAUAUUAUGUCUAGAGAAGAGAUACUCAGGGAUGCGAUUGUCGAGGUAGCACCUAAAAGUACAGAAGACCUGCCGGUCGGUACAAGGCUAUGUGCUUACUGGAGUCAGCAGUAUCGAUGCCUCUAUCCAGGAAGCGUGGCCGAACCUGGCACUCCCAAUCCGCAGCUCGAUAGAAAGUUCGUGUCAGUGGAGUUUGAUGAUGGGGACAGUGGUAGGAUAGCUAUCGAAGACAUCAGAUUUUUACCAUCCGAUUAUCCUAUUAUCGAAUAUGACCCAAACCCACUUCUCAGUCUGUGUAAGAGACGGAGAAGGGCUUCAACAAGCGUAUCAACUGAGGAAAAAAGUAUUUCAAAGCUGAACCAACAUAUAACUAUAUCUUUACCUCAACCAGAGUCUCAAGUCAGCUUAAAAGGUGCUGAAGAUCAGAAGGAACUAAACAAUACUGGCGACAGAUACAAGGAGAAGAAACGUUUGAAGAAGAAGAAACGAGAAAAACUUCGACAGAAACUCAUGCACCAAGAUAAAAAGAAAAAGAAGAAGCAUAAAUGUAAUGAUGAAACGUGCAAACAUCGUAAACAUCACAAGAAGCAUAGGAAGCAUAAGAAACACCACGAUAAAAUCAAAUCUCUUGAGAGAGAACUGAAUGUGAUAGAAGAAAAAGAUGAGAGCGUAGAUUUACAGGAGGAAUGCGGAGAAGAAAUUGAUAUGAUGGAGAUUUCGUCCGAAGUAAAUGAAGUGGAAAACAUUGAAGAAUAUCCAAAUGAUAUUGCGAAUCCUGAAGAUGAAGUGACAAUGGACGAUAUCAUUGAAGCUAACUCACAGAAAUCCAAGAAGAUACGGGAUCGACAGGAAUCUUGUGAGAGUAGAAGUAAAAUGACCGCUUUUCUUCCUGCGAGACAGCUGUGGGGAUGGUCCGGUAAGGGAUACAAACGUCAGAGAGCAAAAGGCAGAUCCAAGAAGUCGUUUUAUAAGUCCAUCCAACGCGGGAAAGAGAUAAUAACUGUAUGUAUUUUUGUCAUUUAUCUUCCGGAUUUUCCAUAUAUAGGUAGGAUCGAAGCUAUGUGGGAGCUUUGUGGAACCAUGGUUGUCAAAGUCAAAUGGUUUUACCAUCCUGAAGAAACAGUGGGAUGUCCACAAAAUCUGCAAUAUCCUGGGGCGCUGUUCGAAUCUCCUCACGUGGACGAAAACGACGUUCAGACGAUCGCUCACAAAUGUGAAGUCUUACCUUUGAAAGAGUAUACGGAACGUUUGGGUGAUGACCCUCAAAGGUAUGCCACCAUCUACGAUAACAAUGACAUCUACUACCUCGCUGGAUAUUACGAUCCGACAACUCACACUAUCAAAAUAGAACCUGGCAUACCCUUUACCAGAACCAAUUAAUAUCAACAACAGCAAUAAAACUACUUCAAUGAUAGUGAUUUUCGGUGCUAAAUGAUUAUUCAGACUUUUUGAAACUAUAUGUUAAGUUUUCGUUGUGUCUUCACAACACUUUUUUUAUUCGCUGUGACAAUUUGUUAGUAUUUCUUAUUAUUUAUUUAGUUGUUUGAUACAAUUGCUUCAUCAUUGCAAUAAGGAACACAGUACAAUUUAUACACAGUCUUUAAUUGUUGGAUGUUAGAUUCAGGUAUCGCAACAUUUCUGGAAUUAUUUUUUAUUUGUUAGUGCGUAUUGUGUAUUUGCGUAGUGCUACCACUCUUUCUUGCUGACAAUAGUGAAUGAAUUCACUGUAAUUGAAAUAAAACCUUAAAAACUUUAGAAAAUAGAUGGAGAUUUUUAAGAUUUUUAAUCAAUAAAAUUCAAAUAAAUGAAAGCUGAAAAUAUAAAAAAAAAGAUGACAUUGUUUAUCAAAAAAUGUAUCUUAUCGACAAACCCAAGUCACAAUAAAUGAAAUGGAAGUUAGAUUAAAUAAACGGUAAUCUAAUAAAAUUGGAUAGUGGAGUACAUCUUCUCUAGUUUUGUUUAAACGUAUUAUUCAGCAAAAGUAGGAGAUAUUAAAAUUCAGUGAGUUGAAAUCAGAGGUGCAGAAUAAAGUAUUGAAAUUCAGAAAUACCGGAACAAAUCAAUAAAUAUCAAAGUUGCUGCUACAGAGUAGAAAACAACUGGAAAAAGAUCUAAAAGGUUUUUUUGCAGAGGUCUCUAAGAAGAAAUUAGACUGAAAUCUGAAGAGGAUAUUGAAAACUGCCAGUCAGAAUCAAAUUCCAUACGUUGAAUUUGAAAAUUUUUGAGAACCAGUAAAAUUUGUUUUGAUUCAUAUUAAGAAAAGAAAAUUAUGUUAUUUUGUUGAAAAUAUAUUAUUCACUCCUGAUUAAAGCUAUGAGUGAAGUGUGGUAGUUGUUUCAUUAUGUACCACUGAAAUUUCAAGUUUGUGUUCAAUUUUUUUUUAAUAAUUCAUCACUAAUGAAAGAGUAGUAGCAAAACGAUAUCACCAGCUUGAAAAAUUCUGAUUUGCGGUAUCAAAAUGGUUUAUACAUUAAAAACAAUACAUAAAUAUCACAAAUGAACUCAUAUUUUGAGAGUACUUAAAGUUUCUGGUUAAAAUUUUGAAGAAAAAAAUUAUGUUAGUUCACACUACUAUUCGUAAAUCAUAAACUGACUGAAGUGAAAACAAAUUAAUCAAGAUUGAGACAGAAUAUCCAGAGAGGAGAUGAAAAGAGAAAUGGAUGGUCAGUAGUCAAUGAUUCAAUUACGCAGUCUAAAAUAAAACAAUACCUCUUUUAUAUAAGAAAUGUUCAUAGUUUUUAAAACUUACCUAAAAUAAAACACCAAGUCAAAUUUACACUUAUACAAAGUGUAAGUGAUACAAUCCAAAGGGACAAUUUCAUAACUAACAGGAUUGCUGAGAUUUUAUCUACAAUUAGUACUUGACACGAUGAAACUCUUCAAAAUAGUUCUAAGAGAGCAAAAAUAAAGAAUGGGAACAAACAAAAAACUCAAACGUACUUCUCGAACGCUACAUGCUCGACAAAAUAUUUCAUUUAAUCAAGUACAAAUUAAGGCAAAUAGUUGAACCCUGUUCAAUGUUUUGGGUUGUUGGUAUUGUGAAGUAUAUGGUAAUUGUGACUGGACUGCAGAACGUGAAAAUGAAUAAUGAUCUCCUCAAUUUGGAAAAGGGAAAUUCUGCCUCAAGAGAUACAAUACAUAAGUAAAUUCAUCUUAUACAUGAAUAUUUGAAAUAAAAUGUGAACUACAUUUGAAAUAAAAGCCAGUGAUAAGUUGCACAUAUAUAAUUUCAUUAGCUUGGCACUAUGUAGCUUUUAAAAGUAUUUGUAAGUUAUAACCAUUAUUUUACCUGGAGAAGAAUUUGUAGAUUUCAAAAGUAUUUUAUAUAUUAUGUAUGUCUGUGAAAUUUUCUAUCAGUCUACUAUAGUGAGCAAAACUCUGUAAAUACUACAUACAUUUAGAGAUUAUAGAGUAUAUAUUUUAGUAUGGGACUAAUAGCAGGUCAUAAACGUCUCAACCAAUUCCAAGGGAUACAAAAUUCAAUUGAAUACAAUCAAUUCUAAGAACUUUUGGACUGUUGUAAGGGUGCCUAGUUUUGUAUUUUUCGACUAAAUGACUGAUUGCUAUUGGUCUUCUCAUUUGUAUUGGAGUCACAAAAGCUUUUAAUAAACAAACAAAAAAUGAUUUAUUGAAUUCGUAACUCGGGAGAUUCACUUCGAAUUAGUGUCAACCAGUAUUCGAAAGCUUUUGUGCAAUUUUAUGUGUAUAAAAGUCCUGAAUAUGUGCAAUGUUGUCCAACAUAAGUAGAAAAAAUAGUUUAUAGAGAUGCUUAAAAGCUUUUCAUAUUGUAACAGUAAUUAAAUCUCCAAAGAUGUAUUAUCACUCGAAUUAAAAGUAUAAUUCUUCCAGAGUAACGUUUAAUAUACAUUACAAAUUACGCUUAUCAAAAAUCAACUUAGUGUUUAGGUCCGUAGAGAUUUCUACAGCAACGUUUGUUUUACUCAUUAUGAUUGUUUUUACAAUGUAACAUUCUCCUGGGAGCAGCUCAUUUCAAGGUAAUCAAGUAUGAUUUUCUCGAUAUUUGAUGACUUGUAACAGGAAAACAUUUCUCAUUGAAUGUCACGUCACAUUUUUUAUACUGUUGAAAAGUAUAUGUAAAUAAACGAUUAUGAUUCUUUAUAAGAAUAAGCUUAUCCUAAUUACAUUAUAUUCCAAGAACAGACAUUUUUAUUCUUAUGUUGAUAUAACGUUCUUAUUUUAGUAAAGGUUCAAGUUGGUUCAGGAAACCAACUAGUUCCGAAACAGUAUUUUGCAGACUAUUCAUCUAUCAGCUCGUUUGAGGAAGAAACAAAUUGUAUACUUAUUUUAAAACAAAUGCUAUUUAUUUCAAUAAGCCUAAGUUUGUAAAAUAAACGUUAAAAAUAUUAGAAUAAAACCUAUUUUAUUACUAAUGCAUUUUAUAUGUAUAAAACUUUAUUUUUGACAUUAUUCCUUGGGUGUUUCAUGGUGCUACUUUGAAACGACUCGUUUCAAUAUAGAUUCUCGAGGAAUGGAAUUGUAAAUAGUUAUACAUAGUAUUGUAAAUAUCGCUUGAUCUGAAAUAUUGAAUAUACUUUUGAAAAGAC